CACCCUAAGAAGAGAACUGUGGUCAGCCCUUAAUAAUCAUAGGCCAGAUAAUUAAAUUUGGAUUGUGGGUGGAGAUUUCAAUGCAAUCACAUCCCCAGAAGAUCACAAAGGUGCCUCCAUCCCAUGUUCUAGAAGUAUGGAUGAAUUCAAGGAUUGUAUUGACACAACCUCUCUCACCUGUGUGGAGCCUGUAAGGGGCUGGUUUACCUGGAGUGGCAACAGAGGCCAUGGACGAGUUUGGCGCAGGCUGGACAGAAUCUUUGUUAACACCAACACCCUAGCUUCCUUCUCAGAUCUUCAGUGCCAACACCUUAGCAAAACUACCUCUGAUCAUAACCCCCUCCUUCUGGAAUGUACCAUCUCUACCCUUAAAGUGCCUAAGUCCUUCAGAUUUCUUCAUUCUUGGCUUGCACACCCCACCUUCCAAAAUCUUGUUGCUACCUACUGGUCUUCUGCACCUUCCACUGGUGGUAUGAGGGGCCUUAUCAACAAACUCAAAGGACUUAAAUCCGUGCUGAGAGAAUGGAACACCAAUACCUUUGGGAACAUCUUUCAGGAGGUUAGGCUGGCAGAAGAAGCAGCAAUUACUGCAGAAUUAGCUUUUGAUGAAAACCCAUGCAGAAACUCCAAGCUCACUAUGAAACAUAUCAAAGCAAAAGAUGGUAGAGUUCUUUCCCUCCAGCAAGACAUCCAGCAAGAGGCAAUUCAACACUUCACUGAGUCAUUCUCAAAGUCCACCAUUGAAGGGCUACAAAAUAUCCUCCAAUUCAUUCCCUCAGUAAUCACAGAUGAAGAUAACCAUGCCCUCUCAUGCCUCCCAACUAUUGAGGAAGUUAGGGAUGCCAUCUGGGACCUUGAUCCUCAUAGCACUAGCGGACCAGAUGGAUACACGGGGGAAUUCUUCAGGAAAACCUGGGAAAUUGUGGGGUCAGACAUCCUAAAGGCUGCUCAAGAAUUUUUCUUAGGAAUCCCUACCCCUAAAGCUUUUGGAGCCACUCUCAUUACUCUGAUUCCCAAAUCCAAUUCUCCCAAGUCCUUCAAUGACUAUCGCCCUAUUUCGCUGUCCACCUUUGUGAGCAAAAUUCACAGUAAACUUCUUGCCAAAAGGCUUAAGGGAUUGUUGUACAAACUUAUCUCCCAUGAACAAGGUGCAUUCCAGCAAGGAAAAGAUAUUUCUGACCAAAUCCUCCUUACCACUGAAAUGCUGCACGCUUUAGACAGGAAAGUUAAUGGUGACAACCUCAUUAUUAAGGUGGAUAUGGCCAAAGCUGUUGGAACACAAGUUUACGCCUACGUCGUACUAAACUAUGUUUUGAUAAUGCCAAACCGCCAUGAUCAAGUCGAACAUUGAAUAUACAAGGCAAAGAACGAAGAUAAGAGAAAGAGCUAAACGAAGACCAAGAACGAAGACCUUAAUCAUAGUAUUGAGUCGGUCUUUAUUGUGAUCAAGACCGACCCAAUCUUUACACCUUGGCUCUUUAGGCUAAAAUCUCUCAUUGCAUUUCUUACAUCAUAAAAAUGUUUUUCAAACUUGUUUAAGUCAUUAAAAACACUUGGUGUUCGCCCAAACCAAAAACCAAGCCAUCCAGUGUUCGGCUUUAAGAAACCAGCGUUCGGCUUUCGGUUGUCGGGUUUGGUUUUUGGCAUCCGAACCAACCAAGUGGUUUUCA